AUGGACACAGGAGGAGCUGAAGCAUUGCAUAGAGGAGAUGCACCAUCACCAUCUUCUGGCGUUGGGAGAUGUUGUACUAAUCAUAGAUGUGCUCAUAAACAGAGUCGUGGAAAUCCUUCAAGUGGUGACAUAUUUCAUGCUGCACCAAACAUUGAUCAUUCCCAGGAUUUUGUACGAAAUGAUGUAAAACAGUGGCUGAACUGGCUUCGGAAUAAUAUUGGUUAUGAUGGGUGGCGCCUUGACUUUGUGAGGGGUUUCUCAGGUGGAUAUGUUAAAGAAUACAUUGAAGCUUCAAAUCCUGCAUUUGCCAUUGGAGAGUAUUGGGAUAGUAUGGCUUAUGAAGGUGGUAAUCUGUGCUACAACCAAGAUGCACAUCGCCAACGUGUAAUAAACUGGAUCAAUGCCACUGGUGGUACCUCAUCUGCAUUUGAUGUCACAACAAAGGGAAUACUUCAUUCGGCAUUGCAUAAUGAAUAUUGGAGAUUAAUAGAUCCUGCUGGAAAGCCACCAGGAGUCAUGGGAUGGUGGCCCUCACGUGCUGUCACUUUCUUGGAAAAUCAUGAUACCGGCUCAACACAGGGACAUUGGCCAUUUCCACGAGAUAAACUUAUGCAAGGAUAUGCUUACAUCUUAACCCAUCCGGGGACUCCUGUGGUGUUUUAUGACCAUUUUUAUGAUUUUGGGAUCCAUGAUGUGGUAACGGAGCUAAUUGAGGCUAGGAAACGAGCAGGGAUCCACUGCAGGAGUGUUGUCAAGAUUCAUCAUGCAAAUAGCGAUGGGUAUGUGGCCCAGAUAGGGGACACCUUGGUCGUCAAACUUGGUCACUUUGAUUGGAAUCCUUCAAAACAAAUUGAUCUUCAUGGGACUUGGCAAAAGUUCCUGGAUAAACCCUCGGAUUACCAGAUUUGGUUCAGAAUCUAGUACACUACUUCUUUUAUAACUUCCAUAUUCCAGGAAAUUACAACUAAUAACUAAAUGGAACAUUCAGUAAUAUUUACUGCUUAAUAAGUAAUAUUCAUUCGUCUAAACAAGUGCAACACCAAUAUGCUUUAGAAUAAGCGUUUUAUGUGGAACAAUUUAGGAAUCUGAUCAAUAGUUGACGAUUUUUUUUAAAAUAUAUUAUUAGU